AUAUGGCGUUAGAUUCAAUUACCAGCAUCGUCUGAUGAACAAAAUCAGGUAGCUAAGGUCCGUCUGGUCCAGUAGAACCAGACUCUCUACAAAACUAAGAAAACAAACAAAAUGGCAACGAAUACAGCAGCUACACCUCCGAAUCUCCCCAAAUCUGGAGCCAUUUCCAAAGGCUACAACUUCGCUUCUACAUGGGAACAGAAUGCGCCUUUGACGGAGCAGCAGCAAGGAACUAUCCUAAUGCUAUCUCAUGCUGUUGCCGAACGGCCGUUUCCGGCCAAUUUGGCUCAAGAGAGAACCUAUGGGCAAGAUACCGGCUUGUCUGUUUCUACAAAGGCUAACGAUUUCGUUGAUUCUGGAGCUAUUGAAGCAAUUUUGGUCAAUACAAAUCAGUUUUAUAAAUGGUUCACAGAUCUUGAAUCGGCCAUGAGGUCGGAGACCGAAGAGAAGUAUCAGCACUAUGUUAAUACUCUAACAGACCGCAAACAGACUUGUGAUGGUAUACUUCAACAAGUGGAUGAGACCUUAGACCUUUUUAAUGAACUACAGCUGCAACACCAAGCAGUAGCAACAAAAACUAAAACACUUCAUGAUGCAUGUGAUCGACUGGUCCUGGAGAAGCAAAAGCUGAUUGGGUUUGCUGAAGCACUUCGCAGUAAGCUCAAGUAUUUUGAUGAGUUGGAGAAUAUUACUUCAAACUUUUAUUCUCCAAACAUGAAUGUUGGAAAUGAAAACUUUUUCCCACUUCUUAAACGGCUGGACGAGUGCAUAUCGUAUGUUGAAAGUAAUCCGCAAUAUGCAGAAUCUAGUGUUUAUUUGCUAAAAUUCCGUCAACUGCUGUCCCGGGCCCUGGGUAUGAUCCGCUCUCAUGUGCUUUCUGUUAUGAGAAGUGCUUCUUCUCAGGUUCAGGCAGCAAUUCGGAGCAGUGGUGGCAACAAAGCAUCUCUUUCUGAGGGUGUUGAGGCAUCUGUAAUUUAUAUCCGUUUCAAGGCAGCUGCUAGUGAGCUUAAGUCGGUAUUAGAAGAAAUUGAAAGCAGAGCAUCAAGGAAAGAAUAUGUUCAUGUUCUUGCUGAAUGCCAUAAAUUGUACUGUGAACAGAGGCUUUCUUUGAUAAAAGGCAUAGUGCAUCUGCGAAUAUCUGAAUUUUCCAAGAAAGAGGGUUUGCCAUCGUUGACUAGAUCAGGAUGUGCUUACCUAAUGCAGGUCUGUAAACUAGAGCACCAACUCUUUGAUCAUUUUUUCCCUUCUUCUUCAGAGGAUGUUUCAAGUUUGGCACCAUUAAUAGAUCCUUUGUCUACAUUCUUAUAUGAUACAUUACGUCCAAAACUCAUUCAUGAAACAAAUGUUGAUUUUCUUUGUGAGCUGGUUGAUAUCCUCAAAACUGAAGUAUUGGGAGAACAGCUUAGCCGAAAAAGUGAGUCAUUGGCUGGGCUACGUCUUACAUUAGAAAGAAUUUUGGCAGACAUUCACGAACGCUUGACUUUUCGUGCUCGAACACACAUCCGUGACGAGAUUGCAAAUUAUAUCCCAUUUGAUGAAGAUUUAGAUUACCCUGCAAAACUGCAGCAGUCUGAAGAUGUGAAGACAGAAACUUCUUCUGUUGAUGCAAAUCCAUUUGUAUUCAAAACUUGGUAUCCACCAUUAGAGAAAACAAUAUCUAUUCUUUCAAAAUUGUAUCAGUGUUUGGAACCGGAAGUCUUCACUGGCUUGGCUCAGGAAGCUGUAGAAUUUUGUUCCGACUCUAUCCAAAAAGCAAGCAAACUAAUUUCAAAGAGAUCAACACCAAUGGAUGGACAGCUCUUCCUUAUAAAGCAUCUUCUGAUAUUAAGAGAACAGAUAGCACCAUUUGACAUAGAGUUUUCCGUUACACACAAAGAACUUGAUUUCUCUCAUGUGCUGGAACACUUGAGACGGAUACUUGGAGGCCAGGCAUCAUUAUUUGACUGGACCGGAUCAACAUCAUUAGCCAGGACCUUAUCUCCCCGUAUUUUGGAAAGUCAAGUAGAUGCGAAGAAGGAGUUGGAGAAAAGUUUAAAAGCAACUUGCGAGGAGUUUAUUAUGGCGGUCACUAAGCAAGUUGUGGAUCCUAUGCUUUCAUUUGUUACCAAGGUAACUGCCGUAAAAGUUGCAUUAUCUACUGGUACUCGGAAUCAAAAACUAGACUACGUUAUGGCCAAGCCACUCAAGGAACAAGCCUUUGCUACUCCGGAAAAAGUGGCUGAACUUGUGCAGAAGGUAAAUUCAGCCAUUCAGCAAGAACUUCCACAGGUGCUAGCAAAGAUGAAGCUUUAUUUACAGAACCCAUCAACACGGACAAUUCUUUUCAAACCAAUCAAGAUAAAUAUUGUUGAAGCCCAUAUCCAAGUUCAAUCACUCCUAAAAUCAGAGUAUUCUUCAGAGGAAAAACUCACCAUCAACAUGUUGGACAUACUAGAACUGGAAGCGCAGCUCGACAAUCUCCUUUAGCAAGGUAUCAAAGCUCAUACAAGUAAUUUUCCUUGAUCCAAACAUUCAGUAAUUUUCGGCGAUAUCGCAGUUCGGCUGUUCAUAAGGUUAUAUUGAUAGAUAACUAAAAGAGAUAUCAUGUAAAAAAUGGUUUAAUUUUUUCUGAACAAUCAUUUGUUAAGUAAUUUCCAUUAUCCAUUAGAACUAAUAAGAAAAUGAGAUGGCCCCAAGUUAUAUUGAUGAGCA